AUGAUGAUGAUCAUUUUUAGUGCUGGUGGUGUUGACAGUGUUGAUUCCAGGCAACCAACAGCAACGACGAAUAUGCACCCAGUGCCAGAGCCCACAGCACAACCCCCGACACAACCAGUGAGAGACGACGCCUCUAUCUCCACCAGCCAACCACAUGUCAUGAUAGAUGCCCCAGCGCAUCACUUCUCAAUCUCUAUCGAUCUCCGCAGCAUUAAAAAUGUUGAAACCACCACAAAUUUGAAUAUUUAUUUAAGGUACCUGUAUCCCUUUUUCGGGAGUGUGUCUCCCAUCCUGACCCACCCACCCAUCGAGGUGCGACGUCACACCGAGGUCCUCCUACCCCACUCCUACUGCUCCUUCAACCUGGCUGCCACCGUGCAGCAGCUCCAGGAAACGCUGCUCAGGGUUCCUUUGCUGGUGGAAGUAUGGCACAGAGACAGGAUGACCAAGGACCAACUACUGGGAGUGGCCAGGGUGCCUCUAGCUGGCGUACUGAGGGCUGAGAAGGCUAGAAUAGCCACUCCAAGUUCCGGUGGGGCAGAGGGCACGAGACAAAUCCACAGUGAGAGAGUGACAGUCGAGACUGCAUCAGACGGACAGCCAACCAGACUGGCUGAGAUGCACGUUGUGUUGGGAUUGGAAGAUUAUGGACCAAUCAGAGCUCAGCAGGUCCUCAUGGGGUCAGAGAUGACAUCGAGUAGUUCCAUGGCCCCACCUCCCCAGCAUCGUCGGGCUCCUCCCCCUGGCCCGCCCCCAGCCCAGCAGGCCCCGCCCCCAGACCCAAGGGAGACGGCCGAAUACAAGGCAGCCUUGGAGCUGGAGAUGUGGAAAGAACAGCAUGUACGAGACUUUGAGAACCAGCUCAAAGAGAAGGAACUGCAGCACCUGAAAUCCCUGACAGAGGAGUGGAAGCGGAAAGACAGGGAGAGGGAAGCACUCAUUGAGAAAAAGCUGAAGGAGCACACACACUUGGAGACCCAGCUGCGCAGCGCCUUCGCUGACAUUGAGAAACGUGAACGCCAGCUGGCUGCCAACGAGGCGGAGGUGAUGCGUCUCCGUGGCGACAUGCAACGAGAGCAAGAGAGGCAGAUGACGGAGAUGAGGGAGGUGUCUCGGAGGAUAAAGGAGGACCACAUCGCUCAGAUGGAGAUUGAAAAGUCCAAGGUUCGAUUGCUGGAGGAGGAGAAGCAUCACCUGUCUCAGCUGCUGAGCCAGGCCCAGGCUCAGCUACAGGAGAAGGACAGGGAGUUCCAGGCCUACAAAGACCAGAUAGCCACCAAGCCGGAGGUCAGACUGCAAUCCGAUCUCAGUCUGCUCAAACUGGAGAAGGUCGAGCUGGAGCGAAAACUGGAAUCAGUGACCAAAUCCAAGCUGCACUACAAGCAGCAGUGGGGGCGGGCCCUGAAGGAACUGGCCCGCCUCAAGCAGCGAGAGCAGACGGAGGCCAAGGCGCGGCUGAAGAGAGAACAGCAGGAGCUGGAGCACAUGAGGCUGAGAUAUCUGGCUGCCGAGGAGAAGGAAGUGGUGAAAUCGGAGAGGCAGCAACUGGACGAGAUCAAGGGAGAGCUCAAUAGAUUGAAGCAGCAAGAACUUGACAAGGAGCAAAAAGCACAGCAUCGACAGACCUCACCAGCUCAACCACCAGCCCCUCAACCCCAAGAUCACAAGGAGAAUGUGCAACCCCCAGGGGUGGGGACGAUGGACCCAGGGGUAGAGGCCCAUGUGGCUAGGCUCAUCGAGGAGCGAGAUACCUUGCUAAGGACCGGGGUGUACACCCACCAGGACCGGAUCAUCAGUGAACUGGACAGGCAGAUCAGAGAGUCCAUAGCGAGGGGCCAGGCUGUUUAGGGUCCCUUGAUUGCCGAUAGUGGAGAAUGGUGGCGGAGUGAUUAGGGUACCAGAACCAGUUGUGUUCUUGGGCAAGGUACUUGACUCUAACUGUGUCUGUCCACCCAGAGGCAAAUGGGAGUAAAUGCAGAUCAGAGAGUCAAGAAACAGGGGCCAGGCUGUACGGUCCACUGCUUGCUGAAUGCAGAGGAGCAGUGUGGAAUGGAUAGGGUACCAGACUUACAUCUGUGUCCCCAAGCAAGGUACUUGACUGUAACUUUGAAGCAAGUGUUUGCAAAUGCAGAUCAGAGAGUCCAGAGCCAGGGGGCAGGCUGUGAUUUGUCCCCUGCUUGCUGAAUGCAGUGAAGCAUUUUGGUGGAGUGCUCUUGGUACCAGACUUGCAUCAGUGUCCCCUAGCAAGAUACUUGACUGUAACAAAUUCCAUCCACCAUUGAGGGGGUUAGGAAUCAGACCCCCUUGUUUUCCAUGAGCAAGAUACUUGACUGUAACUGCAUCUGUCUACUGAUUUAGUGGAUAGGGUACCGGACCAGCUUGUGUCCUUGAGCAACGUACUUGACUGUAAUUGCCCUCUCUUUCCAUUUAAAGAGAAUGGAAACAAGCUAGUUUUGCCUUUUUAAAUCUGGUUUUCACAUAUUAAACAAACUGAAAUAGCUUGUUUUCUUUUUGCAACAUGCAAAUUUGACCUGUUACUUUCACAAAAGUUUGAACCGUUUGCAGAUUUGUUUUCAACUUCUCAGACUUCACUUCUCAUGUCCUCAAUUUUUGAGCAAGGGUUGAAGAGACUGAGACUUCACUUUAGGAAAUGUUGGCUUUUGUUAAGCUGACCAGGGGUGUAAAAGCC